AUGGACGUCGUGUCCCUCUACACUAACAUACCGCAUGACGGCGGAAUUGCUGCCUGUCGCGAGGCAUGGGCACGGCGCAGUAACAAACACCCAUCGACUGAUAGCCUGGUGGAUUUACUGAGACUUGUCCUGAUAUUUAACAACUUUACAUUCAAUGAGGAUAACUACAUACAAGUUAGUGGUACAGCCAUGGGUAAUAAGAUGACCCCCUCAUAUGCCAAAGUUUUUAUGGGACAUCUUAAAGCCCAAUUUUUAACAUCUGCUCCAAUUAAGCCAUUUAGCUGGUUGAUAUUUAUCGAUGACGUUGAAAUCAAAUGGACAUCUGGUCGGGACUCCCUUGACGAGUUUAUUGAGUACGCUAACGCAUUCCACGCCACCAUCAAAUUCACAGCGGAUAUCUCCACGGAGAGCAACACAUUUUUGGACACCAGUUCCACUCUGAUUGAUGGUAAGAUUAGUACGGACCUCCACUGUAAACCUAUUGACACACAUCAGUAUCUCCUCCCAUCCAGUUGUCACCCCUCGCACACCACGGGAGCAUACCCUACUCCCAAUCACUUCGCAUCAGGCGUAUUAUUUCGGAUGACAUCAUCUUUGAACGCAGAUGUCCAGAGGUAA